UUUCUCUCUCUACUUUUCCGAUGAAGCCCACCACCAAGUUCAUCGUCCUCCACCCUUCUAUCCACAAGCACGCCACCACCGGUACUGCUGCCGGAGGACCUUCUCCUCAUCCUAAUCACCGUCUAUGGCUUUUCACUCUUUUUUCCCUAUUCUCCUUCGCCUUUACUUUUUCCCUCUUCACUACACUCCCUUACACUAGAACCACCGACUCCUCCACCGCCGCCGCCGCCGCUUCCACACACCCCUUGCCCAAACCCAUCUUCGACGCCCUCCUACACUACGCCGGAACUGCACCAAACUCAACAAACCCCUCACGGAUGUCCUCCGCAGAACUUAACUCCAUUGCCUCCGUCCUCCGCCGCUGCUCCUCCCCCUGCAACCUCCUUGUUUUUGGUCUCACUCACGAAACCCUCCUCUGGCACGCCCUAAACAUCAAUGGCCGGACGACAUUCGUCGACGAGAGCGCUUACUUCAUCUCAAAACUCGAAGAGAAACACCCGGGAAUCGAAGCGUACGACGUUCAGUUCACAACCAAAGUCAGCGAUCUACACGAAUUGAUCGAUUACUCGAAAUCGGAGGUCAGAAACGAGUGUAAGCCCGUACAGAACCUCCUCUUCUCCGAAUGCAAAUUAGCCAUCAACGAUUUACCAAAUCACGUAUACGACGUCGCUUGGGACGUCAUUUUGGUAGACGGCCCACGUGGGUAUUUCCCGAAAGCACCCGGGAGACUCGCCGGUAUAUUCACCGCCGGCGUGCUAGCCCGGAGCAAGAGGAGCGGCGCCGACGAGACCCACGUUUUUGUUCAUGAAUUUGACAGGGAAGUAGAGCGAGUGAGUAGCAAUGAGUUUCUAUGCAGCGAGAAUCUGGUGGAAACGGUGGAUUUAUUGGGCCAUUUUGUGGUGGAAAAGAGGGAUUACCAUAUCAACAAUUUUCAAUUCUGUCGAAAUCCGCCAUCGUCGGCGGAGACGGUGGCGACAUUACUGUAAUCAUCAUAUACCCAGAUGAUGGAACAGAAAUUAUAGGCAAAUCUCCGACCAGUUUAUGUAAAUACCAUAGUAUUUUAUAUUCGAGAAUUUCUUCUUGAUGCUUUUCAAUUUCAAAU